AUGGCCAGCAAUGGCCCUGAUCUUGAUAUGGUUAACCAAACAGGUGAUUGCCUGCUGUCCUUCAACUCAUCCUGUUCAAAGGCAUACUCUUCCUCUUCAGUAGUAUAUGCACUGCUGUAUGUGGCUGCUGCAGCUGUUGUAUUUUUAACCGUGUGUGGGAAUCUACUGGUAAUCAUUUCUGUUAGCCAUUUCAAGCAACUCCACACCCCAACCAACAUCCUCAUUCUUUCUCUUUCUAUUUCCGACUUUCUAGUUGGUUUAUUUUUGAUGCCAUUACAUCUGAUCAUGUUAAUUGAAUCUUGCUGGUUGUUUGGACCAUUGUUUUGCUCCUUGUACAAUUUGAUUGGUUUCCAGUUGACAUUUGUUUCUAUACACAACGUUUCUAUCAUCGCUGUGGACCGUUAUUUUGCUCUGAGUAACCCUUUUUGCUAUGCUAAAAAAGUCUCACUGCAAGUCAUUUUUACUGUUGCAGUACUUAUCUGGGUUAUGUCUCUGUUUUAUAACUUUUCCCUUCUUUAUGUCAAUGGAAAUUUCACUGAUUUAAAAUUGUGCCCAGGAGAUUGUUUUGCUGCUAUCGAUGAAGUAUGGUCUACCAUAGACCUCCUAGUAGUGUUUGUUCUCCCAUGCGCUACAAUGAUAAUUCUAUACCUCAAAAUAUUUGUAAUUGCCAAAAGGCAUGCAGUCGCAAUGAGAGCUGUUAUUAAGCACAGAAAUGUAUGCGACAUACACAGCACAAGCAGUGAUACGAAAUACGAGAGAAAGGCUGCCAAAGUGCUUGGAAUUCUUGUGUCUGUUUUCUUGGCCUGUUUGGUACCAUAUUAUGUUCUCAUUUUACUAAUUGAUGUCAUAAAUAGUCAAUCAUUUUACAGUGUACUGAGUAACAUUCUGACCCUCUUUUACCUUAAUUCCACCAUCAACCCUAUCAUUUAUGCUUUAUUCUACCCAUGGUUUCAGAGAAGUAUGAGGCUUAUUUUUACCUUGAGAAUUUUCAGACAGGAAUCUUCAAUGAUCAAUGUGCAUCUGAAUGCAAUGUGAUUUUUAUUAUAUUUAUUUGUUUUGGUGCAACU